GUUUCCAUUACCCUUUUGGAAAGAUGGGAAAUGCGGAAAGCAGCAGCUAUCACAAUCACCUUUCCAGAUUCCUUCCUGAAGAGCAGACUGACAUUGAUGGAGUGUUUGAUACCUUGUUGGGAUCAAGAGGCACAGCAGGAGCGAAAAAUGGAAAAGCUGUGAAAAAAACUGUGUCUCUGACAGCACUACAGGCCUAUAUGCAAGAAGCAUUGCCAGAGCAAAUGACUGUCCAGUUGUACAAUGGGAUGAAAAGUAUUGACCUGAGUGGGAAGUCAUCUGGACCGAGUGAGCAGAUUGCCAAGGAGCAGUUUGUGAUUUUUAUGUCAAACCUCUUAAAAGGGAAUGCAGAUGAGAAGAUUACCAUAAUAAUGAGAAUGAUCUCCAAGGUGGAAGGGCCUGUGAAAGGCAAACAAAUCCAAGAGUUCACAGAGCAUCUGAUCAUGUCUCUAGUCCAUGUACUGAAUUACAGGAAGGAACUGAAAGGCUGGAAUCUGGAGAAUACUAGAGAUUAUGCAAGCGGAGUCAAGGCUUUGGCCUCCCAGCUGCUCUCAGAAUUGAAGCUUGCAGAUGGGAAGAAACCUGUGGGUCGUCAGCUGCUGGAGGCCACUUUUGAUCAAAAUACCAUUGAGGACUGGGUGUACCGAGUUCCACAGAUCUCAACUUUCCUCAGUGUUGUUAUCAGACAAGGCUUCCAGGUCUUGCAUUCAAUCCCUGACCAAGCCACGGACAUAGUCAACUUGGUUCCAGGCUGCAAAGGCAUCAAAGGAAGAGGACUCACCAGUCUCUUUGACAUCCCAUCCAUCAUAUACAUCAACUCCCAUCUGCCUACAGAGUUGCAACAUAAGUGGCAGCUUUUAUUUUCUUCUCGAGUUCAUGGCGAAAGCUUCUCGCAGUUGUGUGGCCAUAUUGUGAACAAAGGCUCCUGCAUAAUCAUCCUAAAGGACUUGGAUGGUUUUAUCUUCGGUGGAUUUGCAUCGCAGUCCUGGGAGGUGAAGCCCCAGUUUCAAGGUGACAACAAGUGCUUUCUGUUCUCUGUUUUUCCCUCUCUUGCUGUGUACACGUGCACUGGAUACAAUGACCACUACAUGUACUUGAACCAUGGCCAACAAACAAUGCCAAAUGGGCUUGGAAUGGGUGGACAACAUGAUUACUUUGGACUCUGGAUAGACAGCGACUAUGGGAAAGGACACAGUAAAGCAAAACCUCGGUGCACCACCUACAACAGUCCUCAGCUGUCAGCUAAGGAGCAUUUUACACUGGAUGCCAUGGAAGUUUGGGCAGUGGGAGAUAUCCCAGAAAGUGCAGUGUUGAAAAGUAAGAGCAUCCUGGAUGUAGAUCCUGAGGCUCAAGCAUUAUUGGAAAUGACUGGAAAAACGCGGCAGAGUGAAGGUUUACGAGAACCUGUUGAAGAUGAUGAUGAUGAUAACUAAAGGAGUCACAGUAGCUUGAAGAACUUUCUUUUUUACUCCAGAAUGUUAAUGUUCCUUGGACAGAAUAUUUUUCCUCCUAUGUUUUCACAUCUACUUAGGUAUCUAGGAUUAAGCUUAACUCGAGGAUGUACAAAAUAUUUAGAUAGAAAAAAAUGACCUGCUUGAAGGGUUUUGUUUGGGAGGAUAGAACAAAAUAGCUAGACAUCCGUAAAUUCUAGCUGCAGAUGAACUCACUAGCAUUCCCAAUAGAUCCUCUCAGCAUAGAUAAUUAAAAACAGGCAUAAAUUAUUGAUGAAACUGCUUGCUGGCCUAGAGUUGGAUAUAUAUUUAUAUAAAGACUGGCCAAAACAUUGACUGAGCUUCUCAUACCUCAGCUGAGGGUAUUUAUGUGCACGUGAUGGAAUUUGUGAGUGAGGCUUGCAAACUGUCAGCAUGGCUUACAUUGUACAUGUGGCACAGUCCAAGGCAUUCCAUAUACACGAUGCUCUGGAUUUGCGUUGCUCUACUUGGUUGUAAAUUUUGGAGUUUCUAAGUCUGAUUUUAAUAAGGUAACACCGUACAGGCUGUGAGAGGUACAGAAUGCAAAAUAAACAGCAUCAACUUCUAUAAUAACACACUGCAUUUCUAUAAAUGUCAAUGUUUUCCUGCAGAAAUCAACCUAUUGCCUUUUUAGUUUAGUAGAACAGAGCUAUCAAAUUUAUUCAGUCAUAUUAAGAACACACCACCCCGGUGAUCCUUGAACAAACAUGCUCCAGCAGAAACUCCUAAGCAAGAUAACUUUUAGUUAUAGUUAUUAUUAUUGUUCCUCACUUGAGAUUGGAGUAAAAAAAUUAGUCUGUAAAAGGGAAUAGGUAGGAAACAUCUGUAGUUAGUUGGGAAUAUCUGCAGAUAGCUUGAAAACAAAUCGAACUUGUUUAAUGAAUGUUGCUGCACACUUUAUUGCCACAGAAUUAAUGAUCACCAGGUUAUUGAUCACUGCAUUAUGAAUAGCUGCAGUCUGAAAAUUAACUAGUGGGUUGGGGUUUUUGUUCCUGUUCUGUUACUGUCUGUUCUCCAUUCAAGGUCAAGUUGCGUAAAGUCUCUUAUGCUCAGGACUUUUUCUGCUUGAACCCAUUCGCAUUUAUCACUAAUUACUAGUUUGACAUUUCUAUUUCUCCGUGAUUAAUAUGUCAAAAAAGCCCUCUAAUUUCUGCCAGGGAUUGUCAUUUCCACCUAACCAAAUUGUGUUGGACAUAGAGGGAAAAAACACUAUAUUUAUUCAUGAUAUUAGUCUGUCUGACUGUCAGUCUUUCUCCUAAGGAUUGUAUCAUAAUGUCCUUUUCGUACUAGAGUCUGGUUGUCCUGGAAAAGGUCUGAAUUUCCAUGAAGCUCAGCGCAAGAAAGCCCUGAAGCAGCGUAUGCAGGUAGUUAGUUAUCGUGAUCUCUGCUCCUGGGGCUUUCAUUCCCCAUGCUGUCCUACUGCACUUUCUUAUUUGCACUGGUUGUUGUUUUUUGUUUGUUUGUUUUUUUUCUUCCCUCUGGUGCAUUUUCACAGGGCACUAGAUUAAAUCCUUUUAAAUAAGCUGCACUUGUGCCUUAAUUUAGACUCCGUUUUUUUUGUUUGUUUAUUUUACAAAUCUAUUUGCUUGUGGAAGGAGACAUAAAGAAAACACUACAGCCACAGACCAGUGCAUUUUAUUAUCUGAGCUAAUGGCUCGGCCAUAUAAAUUACAUGUUCCUCUACAGAGUAUUUUGGGAAAGGGUCAAGGUAAUAUCCUUGUAUAUGGUGUCUGUUCGAACAAACAAGAUAGAUUUUUUCUACGUGUUACGGACUUCAGAAA